AUGUCUCGCUUCUCUCCUCAACUCACUGGCGCCCAUGCCCUCGUCACCGGCGGCUCCAAGGGUAUUGGCAGGGUCAUCGUCGAGACUCUACUGAUCGAAGGUGUCAGUGUCUCUUAUUGCUCCCGCAAUGUACGAGGCGACGAGUUUGCAAACUUCAAAGACGCCACUGGCGGUGCACGAGCUGUUGGAAGCAGCGUUGACAUUUCCAAUGCCGCUUCGAUCCAAGGCUGGGUUGAAGCCUCAGCCAAGGAGUUUGGAAGAAUUGACCUCAUUGUUGCCAAUGCUUGUCCUAAGUAUGUCAGCCCAAGCAUUGAGGAUUGGGAAAACAGCUUCCAUGCCGAUGUUCUUGGUCUCAUAAACCUCAUCAACGCUUCGGAGCCUCAUCUUGAGAAGCGAAACGGUGAUGGCUCAAUUGUCGUCAUUAGUUCACUUGCUGGCUUCGAAGCCCGACACCCAGCAAUCCGGGGACCUUACACCACGCUCAAGCGUGCGCAGGCCACCUUAGCCAAGGACUUUGGACGAUGGCUCGGACCUAAGGGUAUCAGGAUCAACACGAUCGUCCCUGGCACCAUCGACUCUCCUCCUGUUGACAAGCCUGACGGGACGGUGGAGUUAAGCCAGUUUCAGCAAAUCAUGGCCGCCAACCCUGACUUCCUCAAGAGUCUUAUCGACUCUAUUCCACUUGGAAAGGUCGGACAGGCGCAGGAUAUUGCCAACGCGGUUGUCUUCCUGGGAAGCAGCCUUGGCAAGUAUGUCAAUGGAGUGAAUUUGAUUGUCGAUGGUGGAAUGUCUACUGCCCUCUAG